UGUGUGUGUGUGUGUGUGUGUGUGUGUGUGUGUGUGUGUGUGUGUGUGUGAUAUGGGUCCACUGGCCUGUUAAAUAGAAAAGGAACAGAUUUCCUGUCCCUGUGUCUCUCCGGACCGCUGUUCUGAACUCUCCCAAGGGUGGAGAGAUGGACUGGAAGGGAGGACCUUGCUGAGAACAUCUGUGACGGCCGGUCCCAGCACAGACUGCAGUGUGACAGGGCCUAUCCACAGCAGAUGUCACACCCCCGUGUGUGUGUGUGUGUGUGUGUGUGUGAGUGUGUGAGAGAGAGGUUGAGAAGUCCAUGACCUAGAGAAGAUGUAGAAGAAAUGCUCUCUGUGCUCUUACACUCUCUGUCCCUCUUUUCAUUAUUUUCUUUGGGUAAACAUGACCAGCAGUGGAUGAUCAUCCUAUAAUUAUUAUUAUAAAAUAAAGAGUGUAAUCCUUUUGUCUUUCCUGCUUGGACCAUUUUCCUCCCCACUCUAAACUCCGGGACCAUACAGGCUUUGCCCCGCAGCCUCUGCAAAUGAAAUGACAAAUGAGUGAUGAGCAGAGCUGAUGCUGCACUCCUCACACUCUGCAUCUAUUCUCUCUUCCCUCCGUCUCUCCAUGAUUGGACUUUACCGCCGUAUUCCCCUUCUUUCCUUGCCCGAUGCUUUCCCCUCCUUAUUCUUUCGCUCUGCUUCCUCUCCUUAUCCUUUCUCAUCCCUCUGACCAUCUCGCCUCUCACCUCCUCCACCACUUGUUCGCCACUCUCCAUCCUUUUUUUUCUUCCUUUUUUUUUACUCCCCAGUGAAGCGUGUCACAGUUCCCUAGUAUACUGAGCCUCUCGAUGGGUUCCUGGUUCAUAAAACCAACUAACAAUGCUUGAAGGUUAUUUUUAGGUUUGAUUUCCAUCAUGUCUGGAGAAGCUAUAGAGAGCAGAAAAUGACCCUUCAAACUGGAGAGAAUUUACCUCAAAAGAAUUCAAAUAAAACCCAACUUACUUUUGAAUAAUGUGGCUUUUUCUGCACCAUGUAUGCUAACGAGACGGGCAAUACCAGAAGUACUGCAAUAUCAGGGAAAUGAGUUUGGAGUGUGCACUGAUGUCAAACAAUAGACACGACAAAAGCGCAGCCUGUACAAUAUAGUUCAGUACGACAUCGUUGCAAAGAAUGCUACCUUUGAGGAACUGAUUAUGUUCGGUUUGAGUCAGAGAAGUGAUGCAGCAUUGUAAUUACACUCAGUAGUCAAACUAAACAGAGCCAGGAAGUGAUAUUUAAACAACACUUGAAAUGGAAGCUAAGUUCAGAAUGACCUUGGUGGGGAAAACAGAAGAGGGGUCAGGGGGUCUUUGCAGAAGGUCUGACCGGGUGAAGCAGGGAGCCGUAGCUAAUGAGUAAGCAGACAGUCUGCUCCUCUGCCAACCUACUUCUUUCUCCCCCAUCUUAUUCCUCCCCCCCAAAGCCCCGAGGGUCACAAGGGACACCAGGGAGAAAAUGAGAAACAUGAAUCUGGCACUCGUCUCGAGAGCAACUGUGUUAGGAAGGUGAUCCUGGUCAGACCAGAUGGUUCUGACCUGGGAUGGAGUAAACUGGUGGAGGCGGAGAGAGUAAAAGAGUGGACAGAGGAUGCCCAGUGCACAGGACAUGUACCAGUUAAAAGAUAAUUCCACCUUAUUAAGACUUGAAUAUCAUUUUCAUAGUUUUGUUGCAAAUGGUGAGCAGGUAAGAGCGAGUAUUCAGAUACGGAAGGUGGACAAAAUAACAGACACAAUCCGUAUGAAACAAAUUGCUUUCGUCGUCAUCAUAAUUACAAGGUCAGCUACACAGCCCAGCAACCAAUGUACUGAUUAGUGGCGUGUGUCGGCAAUAAAAGAGGCCUGGCAAUCUCUCUUUAAUGAAUGCUUUGAGGUCUAAACUAUAUGGGAUGUGGAUUUGUACGCUUUUAAAGUUUAUUUUUAGCCUAAUAUAGCUGACGUGGCCAGCGUUUAUAUUUGGAACUGUACUCAUCUGCUGUUCAGUUCAAACAGGGCAAAGAUAUUUCUAAAAGGUGCAUUAUUUGCAUUACACAAAACUUCCAGUCUUAUCUGAAUGGGAUGUUUUUCUGUAUGUUAUCAGAGCUGUGAGAAAUUCUUGUUUUUCACUGUUUAGAUAAGACCUGUUAUGCAAUACUCAAUGCAAUCUAUUCUUAAGUGUUAACACUGGAGCACUGGAGAUUCAAAAUUUGGCUUUGACCAGCUGCAUCGUCAAAAAAGAUCCACAGACACAAGUCAAACUUCAUCAACAUGAAUAAAUCCAUUGGUAAACAAAUGUAUAUAUUUAUUAGAUUAGUUUAUUAGGUCAGAAUAAGUCAGGCCAAACCUGGAAACACAAUGUUGUUCUUCUGUUUGCCCCAACAAAGUAAAAAUAAAUAAAAUAUUCAAGAUCUUGUAACAAUUUACAGUUAAAUUAGCCCAAACUAUUCGAAACAUGGUAGCUUUUCCGAGCUCCUUGAGUUCCUGGGCCCUGCAGGCGUUUAAACAUCAGUAUGCUGCCUAUAGAACCUCCCAAGUCACCAGACCCAAACAACAUUAAACCUGUUUAGGAUGCGAAGACCUGGAGCCUUUCCUUCUUAUAAUAAGCUCCAAUAUCCUGUCACCAACAGUUCAGGAUUUGUACAGCAGCAGCACAAGACGAGGUCAAGCUCUUUAGAAGGUUAAAGCUAUACUUCAUAUCAUAUAGUAUUUGAUGUUUCAGUUAUUUUGUCCCCUACCUGUACAUGCAUACACACUUCCUGUUGAUGCUCUGUCGCUUCUAUGGACAGGAUAGCUUUUUGUCAAAUCAAACACACACACAUCACAGCACACAGUUGAACUAAUCCGAUUUCACAGCCCAAAUGAAAAGAGUCUCGCAUGAACUCAUCCAUUAGCUAUUAUUAGCUAAAUUGACUAAUAGGUAAACACACACACAUAACGCGCUGCUGUAGAAAACACAAACACCAAGGGAGGCCUGCUGCAAAACUAAACAGUGCUGAGUGCUUUUAUUUUGUUCGUGGCUCUCCCAUGAGAAUACACAGUGCAAGACGCACACCUGUUGAAAUGGACCUGAAUAUUGAUCUCAGCAUAACUCGCUGCCUUAGAAGCUCUAGUGACAUGUAAUGUUUCAAGUCUUAUCAUUUUCUCGAUGCAUUGGUUUUUACAGCGUGCUCACAUAGACUCAUUUUCUCAGAGGUCUGCAUUUGUUGUCAUUGUGAAAUUGACAUUUGCUAGCUAACUGUUGGUACAACUGUCAGGCCUUCUCUUCUCGCACUGCACAUACAACGUUACAGUUGACAGCGAUAACCCUGGCAGAAUUGCCACUCAGGCUUUAUAGUAAUGUGACGGUAUAAUAUUUUACUUUAACAGGAUAAAAUGAAAACUGAAGCUGGCAGUUUUAGCAAGCUAGCUAAUUAAGCUACCUUUAGCUACAUUAGCUGGUUAAAAACACUCUCUACAGGUGACUUUUUUGACAACAACCCUGUCCAAAGGGUGAUAAAUAUGCUCUUGUAGCUACACACAUGAUAUUGUGCUAAAAGACUGAGGGGGAAGACGUGGACAUGUGGUUCAGGGAAAAUAGAAAAUAGUUAGUGCAGUGUUUUAGUUUUAAAACUGAAAAGACUAACACUGCCUAAGGUUGCUUGUGCUUAAACUUCCACAAAUCCAAUUAAGAGCAGGACAAUGCUGGAGCUAAUUUUAGCAUUAACUUUGCUAGCAUCCGGGACUGGCGCCCACAUAGUGUAUAUAACGCAGGUAAUAGUCAUGGACUAGCAACCCCUUAAUUAAACUAAUGUAGUUAGCCAAUGAUGUCAUCCGUGGCCUUGGAUGUAAUGUUUGGUCAUUAUAAGUUGUAUGCUAGUUAGCCGGACAUGCUAUCGAUUGUGGCUAUAUGUCAGGGCUGUUAAACACCGUUUAAUCUUUGUGUUUGAUCAAUUCCUUGUACUUUUGUUCUUAAAAAAAAGAAACCACUAUCCAAACUAUGUUGAGUAUCGCUCUUCUUACAACAUGUGGAGAAACCGUAAGCUUGACAGACCUGCCAUAAUAACUAAAGUUUAUCCCCAAGGGGACAUUAAGAACUGCUUAUGAGACUAAAACACAAACCCAAACAAGGAAACGUAAGCUUACCAGCACAAAAACCUAUCUAUGGUUACCACGCAUGCCUCCAAAUCCCCUCUAAACAAACCAGUCCAGACAGUUUUGUGUGGGGGAAGUAUCAGCUUUCCAUUCACGGCUCCAAGUCAUUCAUCUCCUACUUUGUUUAAAACCCGAGCUGCCAGACGGACAACCUCCUCGCUUGGGUUUAGAGCUUCCCGUUACUCUGCGUCGCACUGGUAGGUGAUGAUUUUGUGGGAAAGACUCUCUGUUUCUAAUUAAGAAAGUGAAAUGAGCAGAUUUUAACAAGGUAAUUUUAACAGCCCUGUGCUCUGCUCUCCUCACAUGGGUGUGAAAGUGUUUCUCAGCGGGGAGCGAGGAGGUAAUGGGUGUGGGAACAUUACCUUGUGGAUUGGCGGAGGGCAAAUCACAGUCCUCCUGAUGGAGCAAUGAGAGCCCAUUUGUUUCUAACACCUUCGAUAUUAUGCUGGGGAGCCACCAAGGCCACCAAUAUCACAAUCAUAGCUACAUUAACAGGCGACAAAGUUAUUGUGUGGGUGAAUGUUGCAAUUAAAGAAUGCAAUUAACACGUUUGUCAUAGCCUUCAACUUUCUGCUCCGGGCUGUUUGUGUCUGAACUGUAUAGCUUGUUUUCAGCUUGUUUGUCGCCCCUUAUUAAAUUAGAAUGAGCAGAAUUUAGCUUCAGGACAGCCCAAUACAAAUCACAUUACACUUCAGAGUGAAUGAUUGCAUUUGGCUCAUUGGAAUCAGCCGUUGCCAUUUUUUUUUACUGAAUAGAGCUUUUGGUGUUCAACUUGUUGCCUUGUAAUAUGUUAUCCUCGUUUGACUCAAUUUUUAGCUUAUGAUAACUCAAUCAAGUGUCCAUGUGUUUUCUCUGGAUCCCCCUCCACUGGCUGCAAAGCAGCGGUUGCAGUCACUCGACCAGGAGUUAAGGGAUUUGAAGCAGCUUAAAUUGUCAUGCCAGUCCACAGCUACAGACUGCUUUCUCCCUUAUUCUCUUUCUGUGAGUCUAUAAAAGACAUGGCAUGUCCAGUCCUGAUCUUUCUUUCACAAAGUAAUCUCCCCAAAGUCUCUCAAUUAUUUAUAUCCUUUCCUCUUUCAUGUGGGACAUACUUGGCUACUUACUCUCAACUUUGUCAUUGUCAAGUCUGCCCUACAUUCUGUGAAAGAAGAUGUGAAAAUGGGCCCUCGUGUGUUUUCUUGGGUGCAUUUUUAGAUGGAGGUCUGAUGUCACGCUGACCGCACAUUGAGCUGUCCAUCAGUAAUAUUUUUCUUUUCCGUAUUUGGACUGUGUGCCAGACGACACUGCCUGAUGGGAGGACAAACGUGUUUGUUUUUUUUAGGACAGGCAAUUUUCUUGUCAGUCACUGCAGAUUCAUUCACUAUAAUAACCAGAGGGAAAAUCCAGCUGGAUGUUUUUGAGCUAAUGUAGGUGGGCAAUGUUGCCUCAGAGGAAUUGGUGAAAGUUAGGAAUUCUGUGCGGGAAAGACAUAAGGGCUUACAGGGAUGGAGAAAAGACUGAUCGCUGAGUUUUCUUCGUGUAGCGCUGUAGCCUUGAGGGAUUUGGUACAACUAGAACACAGAUUUCCCACACAACACACAACAGAUGCUCGUAUGUAUCCACAAAGCUUAUCUGAGCAAGCAAGCAUUGAGUUAUACCAUAAACUGAAUGUACUGUAUGUUGAGUGAACACAUUCAUACAGUGAUGUGAUGAUAAAUCCACAUCCUGUUUCAUGUACUGCAUUAAAUGCAAAAACAAUAGACCGCUAAAUUAAAGGGAAUAGAAACACUGCCUAAUUCUAAUGUUGUGAUUUAAUUGUUAUCCGACGGCACUUGUGGGCAUUUGGCAUAAAAAGUCAAAAUGUGAAUUGUGACGUAAGGCAGCUAUCACAUUCACUCCCACACAUUCUAUCACUCCUACUGUAACAGGGCAGAAUACUAAAGUUUUAAUGUGCAGCGUGUUUUCUAACCUUUUGUGGUUAGUGACCCCUGAGGUCCAUGACCCAUCCACACAGGUUGUACAUGUGUUUCAGGUGCAACCAGUUCAACCAAGGACUUAAAUAAAGGUUUAGAUCAGAUUUAAAUAAAGAGAAAAACGCAAAGACAAAUGGAAAAUAUUACUAAUGAUCAAAAGUAUGAGCCCUCAGGUUUAGCUUGUGACUUAAGGGGGCUCUUGAACCCUAGUCUAGGAACUACUGUGUUUUUGUUUGGUACAUGCUCUAUUAAGUGAUGCUGCACAAUUUAGAAACAAUUUCUCCCUUCCCUUCUGUUUCUUGCUUCCGUCAACUUUUUUUGUGUGAACUUCCUGCUCAAUCCGGUUCUUGCAGACUCGUGGCCUCGGGUGCUUUUUAUUUACCAGAAUUUAUUUUCAACAGGUGCAACCUCGCUUGUCUCUUUUUCCUUUCUCUUAGCUCAAUCUUUGUUUUACAGCCCCAUCCUGCCCCAUUCAUCAAAUGGCCGUCUCAGAAUCUUUUCUCCGUAUACAGGGACACAAAAACCUAAUUCAACUGCCCACUCUAUCACACCCUUGUGACAGUUUCUUCACCUAGAACUCAAGUAAUCAACAGCUCAAACACACCCUGCCCACCCCCCUCGCCCCCUUCCUGCUCUCUGUUGCUCUGCCUCUGCUCUCAGUAAUGACAUAUCCGUGUGGAAGGCAGGCAGGCAGUCAGACAGACAGAUGAUGCAGUGUGUGGGGGACAGAUCCAUCACACAGGUAGUUUCCCCACUCCAAUACAUCUAUUCAGGUUCAUAUACCCUCUGAUAGCAGGCGCAGGUCGCUCUGUCGAGCAUCUACCUGCUCCGUCAGCCAUCAUCUCUAACUUCUACUGCUGGAUUUAUUUCUGCACAAAAUUAAACUGUGGCGGAUGUUUCUGCUGAGUAAUUUCCACAGGGCUACAGUUCAAGGAAUUUGUUCAAAAGGCCAUUGUGUACGAUUUUUUCUCUAAUAGAAUUACAGUAUAAGGUCUGAGGAUUUUAUUGAAACACUAAUGAAAUCACAUGUUGGCCUACAGGAAGGUAAAUCAGCGGCUCUAAGUGCUCCGUCUGUCUGUUUCGAGACCUGAAUGACACUGGCGUGAGAGGUUGGCUGCUGUGACGCACAGUUCACUCGUUGUCACCAUUGAUUUGUCAUUAGUUCGGCCCUUUAAGAGUCUGCAAGCCAUCACUUUGAUCAGAUCUGUCGCGUUCAAUUAAAAGCCUUUUUCCAAAAUGGCCUGGCUUUUUUCUUACCUUUAUCUUCACUUUACCCCCCCUCCCUAUCUUUUGUGUGUAAAGAUUUCCUUUGUCUAUUGUAUAGGCUGCGGUCGCCCUUCUUUGCAUUUACGGGCGCUUUAAUGUUGGCUGCUGUAAACAGGAACAAGUAAGGAGUUGUUUGAGGGUGUGGCGGGAGAGUCUCUGAUUAUAGCCCUCCCUCUGUCUCACACCUUAUGACAAAAAAACAUAUCCCCCUCCAGACAGCCGCAGAGCACCUUCUUGCACCAGCAUGCCAAGCCUUUGAAACGACUGUACGAGACAAUUUUUCUCCCAGCCACAGCGAGUCAUUAAAGGCUACAUGACAAAUGAGCGUGAUAAUAACGUGUGGACGCCGAACAGGCCGGCCUUCGUACAGUGGUAAUAAUGUCACAUCGGUAUAAUGGGCAGCAGUGAGGAGGGUGACAAAAAUCACUUAGCAGGAGGUCUGCCCCCCCCUCCCCUUCCGUAUUCUCACAUACAGUAACACACACUCACAUACACGUACAAUUACUAUGACGAUCCUAUAAUAGUGACCAUAAUGGCAGGACAAAGUGUGACUGGUCUGGGCGUGUUGAGCAGCCUCAUUUAAAAGGAAGGAGAAGGUGCUGAGGUGUUGAUAACUGUGAGUGUAUGUGUGUGAGCACAUACCCAUCUGCCUAUCUAUACAUUAUUUGUUUUGCGUCAGCAGAAUAAAAAGAAAAUACUGGCUGAGCUCGCUGUUUUUUUUUCUGCUCGCUGUUGUGUUUUGAAGCAAUGAACUGGCAAUGCCAAUAUUUCUGCCAUCACUGAUCCUCUAACAGUUCGUCUACGAGUUCCUGCGGCCCGGUCGGGGUUGUUGUCUGGUGUCAGGCCGACAGACAGAAAGGGAUGAUGGGUGGCAGGAUGUCUGUCAGAGCUAAUUAUGUUUAAUCAGAUGCCGAGUGACCAGAGCUCCUGAAAGCUGCCAGAUGACUCGGAGAGCAUCCAUGUGGCCAGAAUACAUCCAGAAUGCUGCACUGAGCAUCAUUACAUACUGGGUGGGGAUAUGUAACACGUCAUUGGUAACACCCAGUUUGCACUGUGGAUCAUUGCAGUUGAUUUGGGCUAAACUGAAUAGAGAGGCGGCUUCUCAUGCAGACAGGUCUUCUGUGAUGAAAGGAGCAGAGCAUUGCUGUAUCUGCAGCAACAAUGGGAAGCAGAGAGAUUGGCAUCUCCAUUCAGACUCUACUGCAGCAGCUGUAAAGAGGCUGAUAUGCAGAUUAGAUGGAUCUGGCCGAGCCCGACACGCCUGGCCAAAGAGCCACAUUACGAAACACAAGGCUGGACUGUGGUUUACGAGCAUUGCCAGGGAGAUUGCAGGAAGGUGGGCCUGGCCAUCGCAGCUGUGUUAUCAGAGAGUGAAGGCAUUUGGAUUUGCAUGACUGAGAAUGACAGAGAGAAUCAGAAAGAGAGGGAUGAAUACUGAAACGUUAGCACGCUAUGCGAAAGUAUGAGGAGACCAAACCUGUUUCCUGUCAUGCAUGCUUAUCAGUUCAUUAGUCCAUGUGACAGACAGGACUGUUGGUGUUGUGCAAAAUAUGCUCACCUCUUUCACCUUACCAAGCAAACAACAGCCAAAAACCAAACAGCUAUAGUUGGGAACCUAGGUUGAUGUUUUAGGUCAACGGCUGCCAAAUCCUCAUUAGACUACAGAUCCAAAUUAAAUAAAUAAUCCUAAAUUAGAUGCAUGUAUGGUGGGUUGAAAUAAAAUAAAAAAUAUCACACGUUGAUGUUCUGUCUGUACAAACUUGCCAUCUGCUCAUAUCUGCGAGGAUCCACAUGGAGGGUACGCACCUACAAAUACGUGUGAACGCAUCCAUGUGGCAGAUAUUUAGUGUAGUAUGAACAUUUCCAUUUUUGGACUCCAUCUGCGCCUUAACUGGUUUAAAGGGAUACUCCGGCUAUUCUGUAAUGUACUUCCAUGAAGUUGGGGGACACACAAGAGACAGAAUAAGGCAUAAGCAGCAGAGGGUGAGAUAUGGCAUAAGGUCCAAAAACACUGGAUCCUACAUUUCCCAUGAUGCAACUCGAUAGCUCAAACACCCUUUCCUCCUAAAUACCAAUUUAUUUGAAACCCCCACUCCUCCAGUUUGUAAAAGCAGGCUUUUUUAUAUUAAAAUAUUAAGUCUCACGCCAAGGACAACCCUGAUGACAUCAUCAUCAUCACAUGGACAAACUGAACUUGAUGUAUAAAAAUUGUGGAGUGCUCCUUUAAUUUAACGGCAAAAAGUCAUGUAAUUGACACUGAUUUUGCAGAGGACCCUGACAUCUCCACGAAUGACCCCUAAAAAAGGUCCACGAACCACGCGUUUUGCAACCCUUAAAUGACCGUGUUCCAUCAUGCAUUGGGAUAGACUUGUGAUUAAUAAUCCCCCGGCGCUCCGUGUUGCACAGAUGAACACGGCCAUCCCCCCCUCUCAGAGUCCGUCGGAAGGAGGAGUUUAACCCCACAUUGCCUGGGAGGAGUCCGCGGUCUCUUGGCGCUCCGUCCCAGGAACGUUUGCUCCGGCAGCAGAGGAAUCGUAGAAGUACACAAAUUCAGAUUUCCAUGUUUAUACUCAAUGCAACGACGUUAUUCUUAUUUUUUUUUAGCGGUCUCGAAGAAGAAGGAAGCACGUGAAUGCUGCGAGAAGUAUGUUUCACCAGAGGAGACGUUAAGCCGGAUGAGCCAGACGACAAAGGAAUGAAUUUACUCUGAGGAAUGAGGCCGAGGGAACCGUGCACAUAGGAGCUCCAAUCUGAGAAGAGACUUUUCAGACAGGCAGCAAUGGGAAAUUCAGAGAGCCAGUAUAGCAUCCAGGGCCCCAAAGGCACCAGCUCUGUCUUCCCUGGGAGACCGAAGCCAUGCUCUCUGAAGCUCCGCUCAGCCAAAGGUGAUGCUCUGUCGCCCCAUACGUGGUGGAAAAGUGCCCCGUUGGGCUCGGGGUACAAGGCCAGGUGUGUUGGCCGUGGCUGUCUGUCCCCUCCCAAAAGCAGGCUGCCUUACUCCCCUAGGCACUGUGACUACGUCUCAAAGGGGAUAAGGGCCAGCCCAGGUGAUCAUCGCUGGCAUCGAUCGCCUGGAUGUGGUAUACGAAAACGUCACAUGUCAGAUGAGUACGAAGAUAACCCAUAUGGGGCUGAUCUUAAUGGGUGCACUCUGAAUGGACACACUGAUGAGCAUGAGGCUUUAGAGGAACAGAGCAGCCCACGGGUGGUGAUCAAGAAGGACGGCAGUCUCAGGGUGGAGUUCACCAACACCUCGGGCAAUCCCGUCCUCCUGGACGGGGCUUCUGGCCCCGUACAACUCCUCAAGUUCUCCCCCAACCUGGAGUCUGCCUCCACUCCCAGUCUGCCUGGCUCAAGUGGUAGUAGGCAGGACGGCCACCACAGCGGCCCACCUCCGGCCUCUACCUCUUCCACGGCCAGGACCAGCAAGGGAAGCUCACUGAGCUCUGAUGGCUCUUGGUAUGACUCUCCCUGGGGGCCCAGCACAGAGCUGUGCGAGCAGGACCAACCCUGCUCUGUCAGCAGGACGCUGGACACUGAACAGUCUCCCCCUGUGUCCAUCACAGACCUCUAUAAGGACUCCACAAUGGCUGCCACCUUUCCCACUGCCAGGCACCUGUCCUCUCACUUGCAUCAGCCUCCACAAGGCCAGAGGCCACACAGAGCUUCUUUUGCAUCUGUCCUGGAUGUUCCAUUGGAGGAAGAAUCUCCUGAGGCCUGCCAGUACUCAUCAUACACCCUGCCCUGUCGCAGGCCCAAAGCCCACACCAUGAGCGAGGAUCUGGACCAGUAUCCUGACCAGGAGCAGGGCGGACCUGAUUUUGGCUUCCAUAAAAAAGACUCCAUCAAAAACCGCAUGAGGCGUUUCAGUGACUGGACAGGAAGCCUCAGCCGCAAGAAGAGGAAGUCACAGGAGUCCAAGUACAAGGACCUGAGCGAUGCCUUCGAUAGCGGGGUUGAUGGCCUGACUGCAGACACCAGCUCCCCGUCUCAGGUCUCUAGCCUCCUCUGGUUCCCAGGAGCCUCCAGGGCCCAAUCAUCAGGAGCCAUUCACCAAACGACCAGUGACGCCCUCCGCCAGAAUAUCUAUGAGAACUUCAUGAGGGAGCUUGAGACUGGCACUGGAAAGGGAGGAGGAGGAGGAGGAGGAGGAGGGGGAGGCGGCGGCGGCGGCGAGAGGAGAGACCCAUCCACGGGCACCGAAGAGGGGGAGAGCAGCAGCGAGUCGGCUGAGGGCUCCCUGGAGCAGCUGGAUCUGCUGUUUGAAAAGGAGCAGGGGGUGGUCAGACGGGCUGGCUGGCUUUCCUUUAAACCCCUCGUCACCCUGCACAAGGACAGGAAGCUGGAGCUAGUGACCCGCCGCAAGUGGAAGCAGUACUGGGUGACCCUGAAAGGAUGUACAUUGCUGUUCUACGAGACCUACGGUAAAGGCUCUCUGGAGCAGGAGCUGUCCCCUCGCUACGCUCUCCUAGCCGAGGACGGUAUCGUCCAGGCCGUUCCAGAGCACCCCAAAAAGGAGAAUGUUUUCUGCCUCAGCAACUCAUAUGGAGACGUCUACCUCUUUCAGGCCAGCAACCAGACCGACCUGGAGAACUGGGUGACGGCCAUUCAUUCUGCCAGUGCCUCGCUGCUGGCCAAGCGCCAGGGGAAGGAGGAUACGGUGCGCUUGCUGCGGAGCCAGGUCCGUGGCCUUCUGCAAAAGAUCGACAUGGACGGGAAGAUGAAGAAGAUGGCCGAGCUGCAGCUGACGGUGGUCAGCGACCCCAAGAACCGCAAGGCUAUUGAGAACCAGAUCCAGCAGUGGGAGCAGAACUUGGAGAGGUUUAACAUGGAUCUGUUUAGGAUGCGCUGCUACCUGGCCAGUCUACAGGGUGGAGAACUGCCUAACCCAAAGAGCCUGCUGGCAAUAGCCAGCCGACCCACCAAAACCACCCUGGGACGUCUGGGGAUCUUCUCUGUCUCCUCCUUCCAUGCACUGAUCUGUUCCAGAGACGAGGCCACCCUCAGAAGGCGCUCUUUGUCCCUGACUCACAGACGGCGCAAGAGAGGCCUUUUCUCCUCGCUCAAGGGCCUCGACAACCUGACGAAGAGGGGCCGGGAUAAGAGGCCCUCUGCUUCACAGAUCUUUGAGAGCGACGCUGGGGGUCAAACUUACGCCCUACCUCCCAGGAGCAAUGAGAGGCUGGACAUGCUGACCAGUAUCUACUCCAUGUCGCCCCCUGAGGGCGGUGUGUGGGACAGCAUCGGCGGUGCCACGGAUGUGCUGACGUGUGUCUACAUGCCAGACGGCCUGACAGUCCAAGUUCCUGUCAGAAGAGACCAGACAGCUGCCGACCUUCUCUCUGCGGCCUGCAAGGUGAAACAGCUGGACGCAGGCCUGCACUGCCUCCGACUCCUCAGACGAGCGGGUCAGGGUGUGGAGGUUCGAUACCUGGCUCCGGGCGAGCUCCUCCGUGAUGUGGUCAAUGAUCAGUUGGAGGUGGUCCCAGUUAAUGUGUUUACUCUGCACAUGAGAAGGCCGAGUGACACCGGAGACUUUGGUUUUGCAGUAACAGGACACAUUGACAGCCAGAAAAACAGCAGGAUUUUUGUCAGCGAAGUGCUACCCGAUGACCUGGCGUUCAACCAAGGCCUGCGUCCAGGUGACGAGAUCCUGGUGCUGAACGGCAGGUGUGUGUCGGGCCUCGACUUGGCUCUGAUCCAGACGCUGUUUGCUGAACAAACCCUGCACCUCAACCUGAGGCGGGACGGACCCCUGCCGCCAACGGUGACCUCCAACCACCAGGCCCUUCCCCUCAAACCCAACCAGGAGGUCCGAAGCAAGCACCACCGCGCAAAGUCCUCCUCAGAUGUGUGCACUGCAGCUGAUGGUACUGAGUCCCCGGGUGUAGGAUUGGAGAACGGUCACUCCCACUGCGCACACAGGCCUGUUCAGCACAGCAAGAGCGUGGACACAGUGUGCACUCUCUACCAGGCAUUCCAGGACGGGACGGGCUCGGGCUCUGGGGGUUUGAUGGAUGACACCAAGGAACCUCCAGUGAGGCCGGGAGGGGGUUUAGGGUCGGGUCCCACGCGAGAGGCUACCCUGCUCAGACCUUGCCCCAGGCAUAUGAGUGCCACUGAGAGGUUACGCAAGGUUAUCCAGGAGCUGGUGGACACAGAGAAGUCCUAUGUCAAGGACCUGGCCUGUUUGUUCGAGAUCUACCUGAAACCCUUGCAGAAUGAAACCUUCCUCACACUGGACGAGAUGGAGAGUCUGUUUGGCAGCCUGCCAGAGAUGCUGGACUUCCAGAGGGUCUUUCUACAGACCUUGGAGGAGAGGAUCGCCUCCUCGCCUGACUUCAGCACUCUGGAGACCCCCUCACAGUUCAAGAAGCUGCUGUUUUCUCUCGGGGGAUCGUUCCUCUACUACGCUGACCACUUCAAGCUCUACAGCGGCUUCUGUGCCAACCACAUCAAGGUCCAGAAGGUCCUGGAGAGAGCUAAGACGGAUCAGGCCUUCAAGGAAUUCUUGGCUGCGAGGAACCCCACCAAGCAGCACUCAUCCACCCUGGAGUCCUACCUGAUUAAACCGGUGCAGAGGGUCCUCAAGUAUCCCCUGCUGCUCAGGGAGCUGGUCUCCCUCACUGACGUGGACAGCGAGGAGCACUACCACCUUACCCAGGCUCUGAAAGCCAUGGAGAAGGUGGCCAGCCACAUCAAUGAGAUGCAGAAGAUCUACGAGGAUUACGGCUCCGUGUUUGAUCAGCUAGUUGCUGAGCAGAGCGGCCACGAUAAAGAGGUCACAGAGAUUUCUAUGGGAGAGUUUCUCAUGCAUUCCUCAGUGGUCUGGCUCAACCCGCGUUCAUCGUUGGGUCGCAUGAGAAAAGACCCCGAAAUGACCGUGUUUGUGUUCAAGAAAGCGGUGAUAUUGGUCUACAGGGAAAACAACAAGCUGAAGAAGAAGAUGACCAGCUCUCGUUCGGCCCUCUCUCACGGAGAUUCAGACCCCUUUAAGUUCCGUUGGCUCAUACCGCUUUCAUCGCUGCAGGUCAGACUGGGAAAUACUGCAGGAACAGGCACAGAAAGCAGCUGCAUCUGGGAGCUGAUUCACUCCAGGUCCGAGGUGGAAGGUAGACCAGAGACAGUCUUCCAGCUGUGCAGCAGUGUGCCAGAGAACAAGGUCAACAUUAUCAAGGUGGUCCGCUCCAUCCUCCGGGAGAACGUGAGGAGGAACAUGAGGGGCGAGGACACGCUAGAGAGGAGCUGUAAGGAGCGACUGGUCCCCCUGCGCAGCACCUUGCCCCCCUCUGUCAAGCUAGGUUCCACCAGGGCUUCCUGGUUGUGUAAACAGCCUCUCGGAGAUCUCUCCGCCCAGGCCGGGUGUCCCAAGCCUGGGCCAGACUCGGACGAGGGGAGCUUGAGCAGUGGGACCUACAGUUCGUCCGGGGCUCCUCCACCGUGCACCUCCUCUGAGUCGCACGUCCUCCUCCCUGUCCAGCAGAACUGGUCUCGGACACCUGGAUCCAACUCGCAACCCCCUCGCUCCACCUCUGCUGUGAAAGAGUCCGAUAUUUUAAGUGACGAGGAUGAUGACGGUUUUAGCGAAGGGGGAACAAGGAGGGGCAGUGGAGACAGCAGUUCCCCAACUAGCGCCAUCGAGGCUCAGUUCCUCCAACUUCAACUAUCAGAGGAUGCUGCGCCGGCUCCCUGUGUUCAACCCGAGAGCGUGGGGGACACUCCGGAGACCCAACCCAAACUGAUGCGCGGACACUUCAGUGCUGUUAAGAGGAAAACCAGCAGUUUGAGGAAGAGCCAGGGUGCGCUGUUGAACAUGAAAGCGCACAGCAGGUCCCUUGACAGCCAGACAGAUGCAGCAUCAUCUUCUGGGGUCGUGGACCUCAACGCGUUGGAGAGAGAGUUCAGUGUCCAAAGUCUGACUUCUGUAGUGAAUGAAGACUGUUUCUAUGACCAGGCCGAGGGCUGUGCCACAGAUGCUGGAAACGCCACCUCCUCAUAGGGGACUGGAUGGAUGGAGCAGAACUGUACUGUACCAGGGCCACAAGUUAAUGGUUAUAAAGUUUAAGACACGAACCAAAUGCGCCCAUGCGUCAUUAGAGGGGAAACCAGCUACCAGUGUGGCUUUGAAGCUGUGCCUAAACUCGGAAGUCGAUUUAGUAAGCCACGCACCUGCCUGCUUAAAGUUAGGAGUAAAUUAUCUGAUGUGUUACAGCGGUUUGCUCAGCUCAGCCUCCUCCCAACGAACCGUCUGGGUGAUGUAUUCCAUCCUAUUUUUCCCCUGCAGCUCAAGCUCAUCUGCAGCUUUUAUUCGAUUUUCGACCAUGCCUAUGAAGAGUGGGGAGAACGGCCUCAGUCUGUCAGUCCCUAAAGUUAAAAGUCCACAUUGCAUAUAGAGUCAUGUGAAGAUACUGAAGUUUCUGGAGGAAGCCACACUGGUGCUUAAGCACAGCUUGCCCAGGCAGCAGGCUUUCAUACACAGAGGUCAUGGGUUCUGGUAAAGUAUUCGGUGUCACAGAACCAAACACUGUCAGGUCCCCACUUAGUAUAAGUUGCAAAAUAUGAACUGAAAAGAGGCACUGAGUGAGGGCUAUUACAUGAUAAUAACAUACACCCAAAGAGCUGUGGCGGUCAUGUCCGACUGCCUGAAAAUAAAACCCCAAGCUUUUUUUUUUUUUUUGCUGUAUUUUGUGCACUAAAGUACAAUGUUUGCCUAUAUAUUUGAAAUAAUAUUUUUUUGUACAGGUUUUAAUGUUUAAUGCUGUUUUUUUAUUUAUUAAUAGGUUUGACUAUGUACAGUAUAGUUUGGCAAACUUACUUUUGUGAGUGAAGGCUUGAACAGUUGACUAAAGAUUUGAUCCAUUAGUAAAUACAAAAGAUGCAAUACAGCUUGACUUUUAUUCCACUCCAUUUUAAAUGUUGCCGACUGGAUUUUGGAAGUCUUUCCUUUAAACUUCUAGUAUAUGCUUUGGAAUGUACAAGUGUUUUGAGGUCUGGCUGCUUAAUUGAACGAUUUAAACUGCAAUAAUGUUUAUGUUUGUGUCCUGUGUAUAUAUAAUCUUUUCUAUCUUUGAAACAUUUAUGUGUUCUCUCAUACAUACUUGACACUGUACAGGUAAGACAAUAAGGCAGGAAUUGGCAAUAAAUGCAGCUGAUAUUUUUGUAAAUCUUUUGUUUGCCAUAUCAUAAAGUACGUGUUGAGGUACUAUAAAGAAGGCAAACCAACAUCACAUACUUUACCUUCUCAACUCAACGUUGCCAUGCCUUUAAUGCUAGCAUACCAAUGAAUGUGAAUGCCCCAUUCUUAUGGAAUUGUUUUAUAAAUAAAUAUUUUAUCUGUGAAUGA